AUGGAAGUCUUGAUCAACAAUGUCAAGAAUCUCGAUCGAUCGAUUCCUUCAUCAAGGCUGAUAAUCCUUCUUGCUUCUACUCUCCUCACUGACGAACUCGACGAUCUUAUGAGCUAUUAUCAGGAUCGUGGAUUCUUUGAGGAACUCAUCACUAUGAUUGAAGGCGCCCUUGGCCUCGAUCGCGCUUACAUGGGCAUCUUUACCGAGCUCGCUAUUCUUUACGUCAACCGGCGGAGUGAGAGGCAGAAGUUGAGCCUGAAAGUAGGCCUAAGAAAAGAUUCAAGCAUGAGGGCAAAUCUGCUGCUGAAAUCAAAGAAAUCAGAAACAAACUCACUGGAAUGCUGA